UUCCCUCGGCGAGUUAGGACAGUGGAAAAGGACACCUCAUUGUAAAUUCAAAGUUCAGAGCGGAUACACUGAUGUAGUAUGGACCAUCAAUACCAUGUUUCACAAACGAAAUUUUAAAGCACAAUUUUUUUUGCCUUUCCCCAUUCCGAUGGCCCCGUUCGCAGGAUUUUUGUGAAUUUGUCCAACCUCUCCGGUUCAACUUCCAGUUAGCCUGCAGCACAUAACCGCAUAAUUUACUUGGCUAUACAUCCGAUGUUAAAUCAUUCAGCCAACAUCGAGCAUAUGAAAAUAACGUUUAUCACAUCAUGCUAUUUCAUUUGCAAAUAUGUGGAGAGUUACAGGAGGGCGUAAGUCCAGAAAAACAGGUGGCGGGAGAGAGCGAGAAGCGAGAUUAUUUGAGGGCAGGAUGCGGGAGCAGAGAGCAGAACGGCAACUUGCUUGUUGUUUAUUUAUUUGAGGGCAAGAUGCGGGAACAGAGAGCAGAACGGCAACUUGAUUGUCGUUUAUUACAUCCAGUCAAACACCAGUACCCAGCAAAGGUUUUUGACCUUUAUCUAAACGUCCACCGAGGCGUAAAAUAGAAUUUUAUAAACGAGAAAACAUAAUUUGUUUUUCACAGGCUGAAAAAAAAACAGCUUAAUAGCGGUGAAAUUGGAUACGUAUUGAAGUCGAAGUUUCGAAAAUCUUUACGCUGGCCAAUUGGUAAUUUUCUCUCUCACGCCACCAAAAUCCAAGAGAGUGGGCUAUUUUAGAAUAUUGAUAAAAAUAAAAUUUACCCAAUUUUCAGGUCUGUAGGGUUUUUCGCCGGCGGUGACAGCGUUCAGGUAAUACUGAGAUUAUUACUCAACGACCUCCCCUUGACAAAAAUAUUAAAAAUCAUAUCCAUAACCGCAAGAGUUCAAAGACGUGACUGACAACGUUAUAAUGUAAGGCAGAUUACAGUGAAACGUGAGUUAAUAGAAUUCCAUAGCUUGGCAGUCGAAGUAAAGAAAAGAAAGGCUUUGUCUGCCUGGGAAAUAACGAUUGUGUGAAUGCCGAAGAAGGAAAAUAGAGAGCAUGCAAGAGUAGAUUACCACUAAACGAAACCAAAUGAUAAAGACGGCAUAACUUACGUGCAAACUUUAGUCAUCUUCAGUAUUAAUAUGAUAUGGCUAAAGAUUUAGCAUGGGGCGAGGAAACCCCUAGGGAAAUUAAGAAGCUUAUGCGAGCUACAGGCUCCUCAUAUUUUUUCAAAAGUGAGGUAUCAGUUUUAUGGCGUGAUUUAUGUACAAAAUAUUUAAGGUUGAAAAGGAAAGAUCGUACACACAUAAAACAAUAGCAACAACAGUAGGCACUCAAACAAACAUUUACUUAAGCAGGGUGAGAAAAGUAAGAAAAAAAACAAUAAUAAUAAAAAAGAAUAAAUAAAUAAAGAAGAACAACAAAGGAGCCAACUUAGGAGUAAUGUUCGCAACUUAGACUUAAACAGGGAAAGUGUGCCCAUGUUUUGGAUUUCUAUAUUCAGAGAAUUGAAAAAUUUAAGUCCUUGGAAACAUAACACAAAAUGUUUGAUAUUUGUUCUGCAAGAGGGGAUGUAAAAGGAAUUGUAUUGUCUGGUAAAAUACCAAUGAUUGCUACUCGAAAACGAAAAUAAUCUUUACGUUGUCCAUACAUUGAAAGUAAGUAUCGUUUGUUUCUGUAAACCACGACUCGUGAAAGUGUUACGAAGGAACGUUUCAAUUUUUCUGAAGGCUCAAUAGCUAUAGUAAAGAAAACUGUUUUCAUUAUUUCACUAUUGUUACCGUUUGCUUCACUUGUACCACAUAAACAACGAUAUGAAGCCUAGUGAACACACAUCGAUCAAAUUUUGUAUCCUGCACGACCUUCAUAAGGUACUGGUUCUAGAAAAAGUCAAGCAUUCGUAAAGAAGUCACAAGAUUUGAUGGAUGAAGAAGUUUCGUGUUUCUGUAAAUUAAAGCUAUGCAUGCCUCGACUUCAGGGAUUAGAAUCAUAAAUACUUAUCAACAUAUUUUGAUUUUUGCUUUAUCAGGGAGCAUUUUAGAACCUCUGCUCUACUGAAAAAUGGAUAUUUUAAAAUAUCAAUAUUUUUUUAAAAAUCUACAAAUUAGAGAGGAGCAAAUUAAAAGUUGGCAGAAAACGUGGGCCAAUUUCAAAGAGGUGUCAUUAAAACACGUAAAUAGGCUUAUUCAUUUUAAUGCAUUGACAGUGAAGUUCACACAGCCAACAAAAGUCGCGAAUUACCAGGUUGAUAACAGAGCUCAUUGCUAGUACUCUGCCAUAAUUUAAUAAAGCAAGCGAAAUGCAUUCCGAAAUUUGUGCUUCGUUCUCAAUCGAAAAUCACGCCAUGGAAAAAAAUGACCAUUUGCCUGCAGACUUUGUGGUAGAAAGUUAUUCUCCACCCAAUUUGCGACCAUGCUUCUUACCUUAGGCAGCUGUAGAAUUGGCUCAAAACACGCUGAUCCGUAAAAAUCUUGAUUAACGACUCUUUGCGAUGACUUUCCUUACCAGUUUUGUUCAGAUCGCGGAAUAAAAAUGUCCUUAGCAAUGCUGAAAGAUCCCAACCACACAAUUACAGAGAAUGGUGUUCAUUGCUCAAAUUCAGACUGUGUACUCCCAAUGUGCAUCAACUCAAAGCUUGGUAACCUUAUCAAGAAAAGCACUGACUGCAAAAGAGCUGAAAAUUCUAAGGCAACUACGGAUACGAGCCUGAAAAAUGCAGCUGACUGUAAAAUGAACAGCGUCGCCGCAAAUGGAGAUAUGGAGCAAUGGUGGAGAGACCUUCAAAGCUUGGGGAUUCUGGAUCAGUUUCCCAGUAACACCCACACUGACCGGUCAUUCCUCUAUGAACAAAAUGAUUCUUCUCCCAGUCAGUUAGGCGCCAUACUAAGACCAUGUUUCAGCCAAGGGAUCCGAGUGCUUGGAAAUCAAACACAACCUUGCAUACAACAGGUGCAUCCAGGCUCUUCUACUGUUCCCAAUCUACCUUUCUUUGGUGACGGAUUCUACCAAGACACACAAACGGUGGUAACAAACCCCUUAAUUCAGUCUGGAAUUGCCAAACAUGAAACAGACCCACUGAAAGACUCUGAUGCAUCCAGGUCUGCCAAGUCUGGAAAGUUGUUUGAGAUUCUCUCGUUGAUCUUUCAGGCUUUUGAGGGCCCUCAUACAGCAAAUCUUGAGGAGCACUAUGCAUCUGCGUUACAGAAGGCCCUUCAUGAAAUUCAAGCGGUUAAGAGUCUGUGUCAUCAUUAGAGAAUGAAAUAUUCAUUCACUGCUGCCACAAGAAGAAACAGCCCAGUCUUCUAAUAAACUUAAAGCAUAAGGUUUCCUUAAACGACUGGUACAUGCAUAGGGCUACAAGCUAUAGAGUCUGUCCUUAUUAGAGUUUACCAAGUACCUAGGUAGAUGCAUGCUAUGAGGUACGUUUUUUGAUGCACGUUUUAAUGCAUUACCACCACAGAAACGAUGUACACAUGAUCAAAUUAAUUUUAGGAACACAAUAGCCUCCAAAAUGACAGUAGCGUACAGUAGCUCUCGGCUAUGAAAUGUUUGUAAAAAGUCGUCAAAUUUUAUAGAGGUAUUUAGGUAGGUGACUGCAUAAAGAAGCUAAAAUAUACUUAUGUCUAUAUCAUA